AUGGCAUCUCUAUUUUCUUUAGAAGGCAGAACAGCCUUGGUCACAGGAGGAACACGAGGAAUCGGUCAGGCAAUGGCCAUUGCCCUCGCAGAAGCUGGAGCGGACGUUGUUCUAGUUCAGAGAGACGAGUCGAAUACAACUACACGCGACGAGAUCACUAAACUUGGCCGAAAAGCUUUAAUACACGCGGCUGAGCUCUCGGAUCGAGAGGCAGUAAAGAAAGUCAUCCCUACACUGGUGCAACAGGGCGUUCAGCCCGACAUUCUUCUCAACUGUGCGGGAAUCCAGAGGAGACAUCCCAGCGAAAAGUUCCCAGAUGAGGAUUGGGAUGAGGUCAUCAAUAUUAACCUUACAUCGGUCUUCACACUCGCCCGCGAAUUCGGCGCCAAUUUACUAUCACGAGACGCCUCCGAGUUCCCUACCGGCCGACGUGGCUCAGUCAUUAAUGUCGCUUCCUUACUCUCGUUCCAAGGAGGCAUCACGGUGCCAGCAUAUGCAGCAUCCAAAGGAGGAGUAGCACAAUUGACCAAAGCUUUAUCGAACGAGUGGGUCGCCAAGGGCAUCAACGUUAAUGCCAUCGCACCCGGUUACAUUGACACGGACAUGAACGUUGCGUUAAUCAACGAUCCCAACCGCAAUUCCGGCAUUAUGGCUCGAAUCCCUGCUGGUCGAUGGGGGAGACCCGAGGAUUUCAAGGGCGUGGUUGUCUUCUUGGCCAGUCAGGCUAGUAAUUAUGUCUCUGGAGAGAUUAUUACCGUUGACGGCGGCUGGAUGGGUCGGUAG